GUGCGGUGCGGUCAGCGGCGAGGUGCGCAGUCUUAGUUAAGUUAAGUUAAGUAAAUGACAUCGUCUACUUUGGACGGGCUGCCCAAACAGUUCGUGGUCGCGAUGAGGACUCUAUUCGACAUCAUGGACGAUAAAAAAACGGGCUUCGUGAAUUUUGCAGAGAUCGAGAACAGGUGGCAGGACGACGGGUCCAAGGGUCUCCCCAAGGGGGUUAUAGAGAGUCUGAGGAAGGUUACUCCGCCGAACGGUAUGCUAUCCUUCGAGAGGUUCUGCGCCGGGUUGAAGAUAUGCUUGCUGAGGAACCAAGUGGAGAGAAAACCGCAUCCGGAGGCGAACGUGAAACCCAACAGGCCUCCGUCGGCCCCCUUGUUGGACAUAGACGGCCCCCCCAAGCAGUCCUGGUCGAACACGGCGGCCAUACGCCCGAACAACGUCAUCUCCCAGACGCAGAGGACUCUCAGCAUGCCCCAGUUGCUGCCCAAGGAAGCGAUGCAAAGCGAAGGCGUGGAAGUUCAUGCGUACGACAAACCGGUCCCGAACAUAAACAAACCCACGCUGUACGGCCCCCCCAAGCCCCCCCGCACCGCCCUCGGGGUCGCGAACGGCGGUAACAUGGACAGAGCCGAGAUUCGGACGGCCUUGCAGAACUGGCAGAUGGGGUUGCUCAUGAACGACCAGGAGAACAAGCCCAAGGCGCAGCAGUACACGGGGCUGCUGCGGACCAGCAGGAGCAUGGGGGACGGGAAGGCCAGCCAAACGGAGGUGCAAGCCAACAUGCAGUUGUACCAGAAAAAGGCGAAUGUUCGGAGGAGAGAGCCGAGAAGACACACGUUGCAGAACGGGAUAGAUUACAACAUGCUGAAGAGAAUGAAGCAGAUAGAACAGGAGAAGGAUGUGCUGAUGCAGGGUCUAGGUGCGGUAGACAAGGCUAGAGAGUGGUACUUGAAGCAGGUCGCUGCUGUUCAGGAGAAAAUGAAGUACCUUGGACGUAUGGGACAUGUCGAGCCGUGGUCUGAGGCGCAGCAAGAGAAGCUGGAACUUCAAAGGGCGCGCGUCUUCGAAGUGAACCGCCACCUGGCCGCCCUCACCGAGAGCUGGGAAAGGGGCGGCCUGCCGCUGCACAUGAACCUCGCAGUGCAUCACUAUCCGCCCCACCAUCAUCCGCAAGAUCUCGCAGACCGGCUCAAGCAACAAAACCGUCUACUCACCGAGGAGGUGAGCAAAAAAAGCGAACGAAUAUCGGCCCUCGAACACGAAAAAGCGAGUCUAAUCCAAGUGCUUCAAAUGAGGUCGAGUAACAGAAACGGCCAAGAAGAAGCCGUGUUUUGAAUAAAAGAAGAAUGUAAAGUCAUUGUAACAAAUUGUGAUUCAUCGUGUGACGAUCGGAAAGUAGGAAAAUAUUUGUUUAUUAUGUAAAUGUUACCUAGUUCGUACGUUCUCGAAUGGCAUAACCAAUAUAUUGAAUAAUUUAUAAGCAAAUUUGUGAGUUGGUGCCAUGAUAAAAUAGGUGCAAUUGAGGUGCAUAGUGCAAGUGAUUUUAUAAAUUUUAUAUCUUUAUAAGUAAUAAAUAUAUUUU